UCAUUACUCAAAGAAAAGAAACACAUGGCUAAACUCGCUUCCGCUUUCUCUUCUCUAACUUUUGUCUCUUUGCAACUCUUUACUUCCGUUACUUUCUUUCCUUCCUCCUCCUGCUUUCUCUGAAUAAUUCCAAUUAUUAUCAUGAACUCGAAGCUUGAAUCUUGAAUAUCCCAAAAGAUACACAAAAUGCUAUCAAAACUCCCUUCUACACACUCUAAAGCAUCAAUACCAACUAUACCCAGUUCUUUAAUUUUGUUCCAGAGGAACUUUUGCAAUUUUGGGUACUCUGUAUUCAAUUCCACUGACCGCAGGUUGAGGUUUAAGCUUGUGGGUCAAUCUCUUGGAGAUGGAUGGAAGCUUAGGGAUAUUGAUACUAAGGCGGUUCAAGAAAGAUUCAGUUUUUGGCUGUCUAAGACUCAAGAUCUUUUAAAUGAUGUGACCAUGCCACUGGUAAAAUCUGGCAACACUGGGAAGCCAGAUCCUGAUAAUGCAUUUGAUGCUCCAGAAUUGGAGGAAAUAUUUAUGGGAGAGCAGACAAUUCAUAGUAGGACACCAAAUGGAGUUCUCUCAUUAGCUGCUGUAGUAUCUAUUGAGCAGUUUAGCAGGAUGAAUGGAUUGACUGGCUAUAAGAUGCAGAAGAUAUUUAAAGCACUUGUUGCUGAACCUGUUUAUAGUGAUGCCCGUAAUUUGGUGGAGUAUUGCUGCUUUAGGUUCCUGUCAAGGGAUAGCUCUGCUAUCCAUCCCUGCCUCAAGGAACCAGCAUUCCAGCAACUAAUUUUCAUAACAAUGCUUGCAUGGGAGAAUCCUUACCGCAAAGAAGAUGGGACUGAAAAGGCUUCGCUUCAGGGAAAGCUUGUACGAGAAGAGGCUUUUGUACGCAUUGCUCCUGCUAUUUCCGGUGUGGCUGAUCGCCCCACAGCACAUAACCUUUUCAGGGCUCUUGCUGGAGAUGUAGAAGGAAUCUCGUUGGGCUUGUGGUUAACUUAUAUUAACGAACUUCUCAAAGUGCAUAAAGGACGUAGAUCAUACCAGGCUCGUGAUCGUCCUAACCUUUCAAAGGAGCAAAUUUUAUGCAUUGCUUCCAGCAGGAAGCGUCCUGUCCUAAAAUGGGAGAAGAACAUGGCAUGGCCAGGAAAAGUCUUUUUAACUGAUAGAGCACUUUAUUUUGAGGCAGUUGGCUUGCUUGGGCAGAAGGAAGCUCGAAGGUUCGAUCUUACUAGAAAUGGAUUACAGGUGGAGAAGACAAAAGUUGGACCCUUGGGCUCCGUAAUUUUUGAUUCUGCAGUAUCCAUUUCAUCUGGUCCUGAGUCAGAGACAUGGGUGCUAGAAUUUGUUGACUUGGGUUCUGACUCAAGAAGAGAUGUCUGGCAUGCAUUCAUUAAUGAAGUUAUUUCCUUGCACAAGUUUAUGAGUGAGUUUGGACCUGAAGAAGGUGAUCAGUCAAAAUCUCAAGUCUAUGGUGCCCAGAAAGGAAAGGAAAGGGCUAUUACUAGUGCCAUGAAUAGUAUUGCUAGACUUCAGGCCCUUCAAUUUAUGCGGAAGUUGCUAGAUGAUCCUACCAAACUUGUCCAAUUCUCAUAUUUGCAAAAGGCACCAUAUGGUGACAUUGUUUACCAAACUCUUGCUGUAAAUUACUGGAGUGGACCAUUAAUUAAAAGAUUUACCGAGGCAGAGUAUCAACCAGCACAAGGAGCCAGACCUUCUGAUGGGUUAGAAAUUAGUAAUCAUGUGUUUGACAUAGACGGGAGUGUGUAUUUGCAGAAGUGGAUGAAGUCUCCAUCUUGGGCAUCCAAUGCUUCCACUAACUUCUGGAAGAACUCCUCAGUAAAGAAAGGGGUUGUAUUAAGUAAAAAUCUUGUUGUGGCUGACGUGACUCUUGUAGAGAGGGCAACAAUGACAUGCAAAGAAAAAUGUCAGGUGGUUGAGAAGACUCAAGCAACAAUUGAUGCCGCAAUGUUAAAAGGGAUACCAAGUAAUAUUGAUCUUUUCAAGGAAUUGAUGCUUCCACUGACUAUUAUUACUAGGAAUUUCGAGAAACUGAGACGCUGGGAGGAGCCACAUCUGACUGUCUCAUUUCUUGCAUUUGCAUAUUCAAUUAUUUUCAGGAAUUUGUUGCCUUAUGUAUUCCCGAUGGUGUUGAUGGUUUUGGCAGCUGGAAUGCUAACACUAAAGGGGCUUAAAGAGCAAGGUCGCUUGGGUAGAUCUUUCGGAAAAGUGACCAUCCGUGAUCAACCACCUUCAAACACCAUUCAAAAGAUUAUAGCAGUAAAAGAUGCCAUGCGUGAUGUGGAAGACUAUCUCCAGAAUCUCAACGUUGCCCUUUUAAAAAUACGUACAAUUGUUUUCUCUGGCCAUCCUCAGAUUACAACUGAGGUUGCCUUGAUGUUGUUCGCUUCUGCUACCAUUCUUCUCAUUAUCCCUUUCAAGUAUGUUGCUGCUUUUCUACUCUUUGAUUUCUUCACUCGGGAGCUCGAGUUCCGGAGGGAAAUGGUUAAGAAGUUCAUGACCUUAUUGAAGGAGCGUUGGGACACUCUGCCUGCAGCCCCUGUAGUUGUUUUACCUUUUGAAAAUGAUGAGUUAAAAUCAAAAGAAAAAGUUGACAAGAAAGAAUCAGAGAAAAAGUUAGGGUAGAGGCAAGCCUUUGCAACUCACACGAGCCUUUGCAACUCACACGAACCCUUAUAAAGGAAAAGCAACCUCUACUUUUCUUGGUCAUUAUUUUUUGUAUAUGAGCAGAAACGCUUGAAGGGUAACGAUUAUUCUUGUUAGCUCCCAGCAUCUUUUUGUGGGAGUGAGGGGGCAGGUAAGGGACGAGAAGAUUCCUAAAAUGAUGUAAAUAUACUAUAAUUGUUUUCAGAAUUUCAUUUGAAGACAGUAUAUUUAUUCUGAACACAAGAUGGCAUGGUAUCUAUCAAUUAUUCCCAAAUGCUCUGAAUUUCAACUGAUCAUUACCAAUCACAAGUUUUGUGAUCAAGAACCAAGGUAAACCUAUAACAAUAUAUUUUCUUUCUGCUGAUUUCAUCUUGGUUAAUCUUGUGUUGAAGUUUUGCAGUUUGGUGCUCUACAUUUAAUUUUCCUUCUUGCCAUUAGUAAGUUUCUGCUACCAAGUCCACCUAACUCGAUAGCUUCAAGUAAAGCAUAUGCUGACAUGGAAGGAUAUAGAUAAUGUUCCUGGAGGUUGUUCAGAAGUUAUUCCAUAAAAAUUCCAUUACAUUUGACUGAAAGGUUUUCCAUUCAAGAGUGUUGAAGAAUGCAACUGUAAAUGAUGAUAUGAUGUGGAGGGCGAAUAUGGCUUCUGAUCUUUUCUUCUUCUUUUUUCUGUUAUAAUUUGAUUGAAUGUGAGCUUUUCUCUCUGAAAAUGUUUGUCCUCAGGUUGACUCAAAUUUUGUGUUUAUUUUUCUUAUUCUUUCUCAACAUAAUCAGUUAUAUUAUGGUCA